UCUUGUACUUUUAGCCAGGGACGGACAACACCGAAGAAAGAAAAGGGAGGAAAAUAAAACCCCAACGCUGCCCGAGAAAAACAACGAUAAACGUCUGGUCGUUUUUUUAUGUGAAAUCAUCUCGAUUACACGGUUACCCCCUUUACCAGUGGAGCUAGAGAGAUAAACCUCCGUUGUAAAGCACCUCGGUAUCCAGAGCUACAAGUCAUCGUUCGGCCGGAUUGUGAAGCAGAGAACCGUAGACACAAAAAAACAUCCAGUCUGAAUCAUGAACCCAGAAUAUGACUACCUCUUCAAGCUCCUGCUCAUUGGAGACUCUGGAGUGGGGAAGUCCUGCCUUCUCCUCCGUUUCGCUGAUGACACCUACACAGAGAGCUACAUUAGCACCAUCGGCGUGGACUUUAAGAUCCGCACCAUUGAGCUUGACGGCAAGACCAUCAAGCUGCAGAUUUGGGACACGGCUGGCCAGGAGAGGUUCCGCACCAUCACGUCCAGCUACUACCGCGGCGCCCACGGCAUCAUCGUCGUGUACGACGUCACGGAUCAGGAGUCGUACAACAACGUGAAGCAGUGGCUCCAGGAGAUCGACCGCUAUGCCAGCGAGAACGUCAACAAGCUGCUGGUGGGGAACAAGUGUGACCUGACCACCAAGAAGGUGGUGGACUACACAACGGCCAAGGAGUUCGCCGACUCCCUGGCCAUCCCCUUCCUGGAGACCAGCGCCAAGAACGCCACCAACGUGGAGCAGGCCUUCAUGACCAUGGCGGCGGAGAUCAAGAAGCGCAUGGGCCCCGGGGCGACGGCGGGCGGGGACAAGCCCAACCUGAAGAUCGACAGCACCCCCGUGCGGCAGUCCGGCGGCGGCUGCUGCUAAGUGGGACCCCCCCCCCUGCCCGGCCACGACU